UGCAAUCUUCCCCAUCUCCAACCCCCGCCUCUGCCCUUCAAAUCCCUCCUCUCAACACCACAAGCAGGCGGAGCAACCACGCCCGACGGAAAGACCCCAACUACAUCCCGCGCCCGCGCAACGCGUUCAUCAUCUUCCGCUCGAGCUUCAUCGCCAGCCACCACCGGGACGCCGCCUCGCUCUUUGAGACCCAGAAUAAGCUCAGCAAACAGGCCGCGAUCGUCUGGAAUGGGAUGAGCGCCGAGGAGAGGAAGCCCUUUCAACAGCGGGCGAUGCUAGAGAAGGCCGAGCACCUAAUCAAGUAUCCCGGUUAUAGUUAUGCUCCGGGAGGGGUGUCCGAGAAGGGGAAGGGUGCGGGGAAGAGCAAGAGCAAGCAGGCGAAGAACCAGCACCAGGGUGGUGAUGCGCCUUCGCCUUCUCCUCUUCCGUCUUUGCCAACGUCGUGUGGUGGCCCGGUGAUGCCCCAGCAGCCAUUUGCGCUCGCUUCUGCCAUUCCGUCGCAACAGGCUUUCCUCACCACCCCAUACGAUGAAGCUGCCCGAAGCGAUGCAGCCACACCGGUCAAAGAAAAGGUUGACACGACUGCAAGGCCUUUCAACUACAGUGUCGUUGAUUCGCAGUUUGCCGGCAGGCGCGAAUAUCGCACCGCCAACGAGGCGUUGCUCGCUCUCCCUUCCGCCGCACCGCUCCUCAAAGACGAUGGCUGCCAUACCCUGCAACUAUCCUACGUCACCCCCUUCGCCUUGCCGAUUUCAGAUCGCAUCCGUUCACCCCCUGUGUCUACACUUCCACUGGGGCUAGCUCUCCCCCACCCAGAUACUUUUACAACCCCUACUCCAAACGCCGUGGUGACUCGGAAGCGUUUGAUUUUGGUGGUCUACCCAUAGU